AUGCAAAACCAGGAGAACCAACUCGGCGGCCACAUGUCGAUGGCAAAUUUAUCGUCACCGCCGCAGCCGAAAAUGCCUGCCUCGUCAAGCAGGAUCCUCUACGACAUUCCGUGCAAGGUAUGCCGAGACCAUUCCUCCGGGAAACAUUACGGGAUUUUCGCAUGCGACGGAUGUGCCGGAUUCUUCAAACGCUCGAUAAGACGGAACCGACAGUACGUGUGCAAGGCCAAGUCCGAGGGUGGCUGCAUGGUCGACAAGACGCAUCGGAACCAGUGCAGAGCUUGCAGACUGGCCAAGUGCAUCCAGGCCGGUAUGAACAAGGAUGCCGUCCAACACGAACGCGGACCCAGGAACUCGACCCUCAGACGGCAAAUGGCUCUCUACUUCAAGGAGCCUGAGGCCAUGAUGUCGGGGACGUCGCAACCAACGCCGGCCGCCGCUCUGGACUUGGCGCUCCCCAAACCACCGGCCGAACCUCGCGUAUCCAUCGCUGGUCCAUCGCCCCAUCAUCCAAUGCCGCAUCCGGUAUUCUGCAACGGAAUAACCAUGCCCAAGCUCCCGUCGACCUUGGGCGCGUUGCCAACGAUGCCGAUGGUUUCUUCGAUAACGGCGGAAUCCGUCUGCGAGCAGGCGGCUCGUCUCCUCUUCCUGAACGUCCGUUGGGCCCGAAGCGUGGCGAUCGGCACGGGCCUCUCGAUGGAGGACCAGUUGACGCUGCUGGAGGCAUCCUGGCGGGAGUUGUUCCUCCUGGCGGCGGCCCAAAUGUUACCGGGCCUGGACCCGGGGCCGUUGCUUCCAAGCGGACCCCAGGGCCUCGGACUCUCGGUGGAAGUGAGCCGGUUCCGGGCGGCGCUGGCCGGUUUUCACUCGAUGAAUCUGGACCCCCACGAGUUCGCCUGCAUCCGUGCUAUCGUCCUCUUCAAGGCCGGCCUCGACGGCGAGUCCGUGCCGAACAGCAGCAGCAGCAGCGGAUCCGCCUCGCCCGGAACCGUAAAUCGGCUAAGAGACGCCUCCUGCGUAGCCAGACUUCGCGACGGUGCCCAACUCGCCCUUGGUCAGCGACUCAGCAGCGCGCCUCUCGGCGCCCUGAGGUUUGGUAAAUUGUUGCUACUGCUGCCAGCCCUUAGAUCAGUUUCGCCACACGCCAUCGAGGAGCUAUUCUUCAGGCGGACUAUCGGUAUUAUACCGAUUGAAAAAAUCAUCUGCGAUAUGUACAAAGCGGCUACCGUUUGAGCCGAACACGAGAGCUGAGCAUCUUCCCUCGAUGUUUAAGGAAUUUUGUCGCGAAAAAGAGGAAAGAAAACUCAUCGGAGUUGAGUUCUCGACUACUUUUUUUUUUUUAUUUUACGUAUCGGAUGAAUGAAUUCGUGGAGCUGAGUUGAGUCGAUUUUCAACAAGCUCGGGAGAAUAUUCACAUCGAAAUACGAACUGUCGAUUUUCUUUCAUUAUUUCUGAUCGGUUUUUUGAUUUCGUUUCGUUAUCAUCGAGCAAAAUUAGUGCUACUUUGACACAGUGGCACGAUUUCGUGUGGAUAAAAAGUUCACGAAUAAUUGAUACGAAGCGUGAGAAAUUGAUCGUUGUAAAUGAAAUGUUCGUACGUGGAUGUGAAUCCGAUAUAACUGAUUAACCGGAUA